AUGGGAGUGAGCUGUGUCCCGGGAGCAGCCCUGAACGUCCCGGGGGUCUCUGUGCUGCGGUCACAGUUCGGAGCCCGCAGCCUUGGGGAAGGGGAGCAGGCGGGGAUGUUUCUGCCCACGCCCCCUGGCCGCCAGCUCAGCUUGGCCCUGAGGACGCACCACAGAGGACCUCGCUGGAGGAGGGAGCAGCAGGAGGACGGAGGACCACGCAUAACAAGCAGAUGCCACCACCACCAGUCACAUCCCAGCCCUCCCCGAGCCGGCCGAGGUCCUCUCUGUCAGACUCCGAGCCUUCAGCAUCCUCUCCCUCAGCAGCCGGCCCUGGGUGCAGCCAGUGUCAUUAUCGGCUACCCCCUGGACACGGUCAAGACGCGCCUGCAGGCCGGCGUGGGCUACGGGAACACCCUCAGCUGCAUCCGCACCGUGUACAGAAAGGAGAGUGUGUUCGGCUUCUUCAAGGGCAUGUCCUUCCCCCUGGCCAGCGUCGCCGUCUACAACUCUGUGGUGUUUGGGGUCUUCAGUAACACGCAGAGGUUCCUCAGCCAGUACCACAGCAGGGAGCCCGAGGCCGGCCGGCCCCACACCCUGUCGGACCUGCUCCUGGCCAGCAUGGUGGCCGGCGUGGUGUCCGUUGGCCUGGGCACACCCGUGGACCUCAUCAAGAUCCGCCUGCAGAUGCAAACACAGCCGUUUCGGGAAACCAACCUCAGUUUGAAGCCCAGGGCAGUGGCCCUUGGGGAGCGGCCAGCCUACCAGGGACCUGUGCAUUGCAUUGCAACCAUUGUGCGGACUGAGGGCCUGGCGGGGCUUUACCGGGGCGCCAACGCCAUGCUGCUGAGGGAUGUCCCUGGCUAUUGCCUCUACUUUAUCCCCUAUGUGUUCGUGACUGACUGGAUCACAUCCGAUGCCUGUGCAGACCCCAGCCCCUAUGCUGUGUGGCUGGCCGGCGGUGUGGCAGGAGCAAUUUCUUGGGGGACAGCGACUCCUAUGGAUGUUGUGAAAAGUCGGCUCCAAGCUGACGGGGUUUAUUUAAACAAAUACAGAGGUGUCCUGGACUGUAUCUCCCAGAGUUACCAGAAGGACGGUCUUAAAGUGUUUUUCAGAGGCAUCACAGUGAACGCUGUGCGGGGCUUCCCCAUGAGUGCGGCCAUGUUCCUGGGGUACGAGCUCUCGUUGCGGGCCCUCCGAGGGGACUAUGCCGUGACCAGCCCCUGAGCGCCAGGGCCAGGGCUGGUGUCAGCCGACCAGGGCCUCAUUCCCUGCAGGGCGCUGCCUCCAGAACCUGUGCUAACCUCGGAAUCCCUUCUGUCCUGAUUGCAAGCAAUCUGCUCCUCCCCUCCAGCUGGACCACUGAUCGAUCACCAUCUAUUUCUGAUCUGCACUGGCACCUGGCAAAAAGUGGGGCAAAACAGAUCCUGCUCCCCAUGACUGCUGUAAACUCACUGGGAAUUCACGGAGGACCUAGAGUUGUCUCUAAGUUUCCAAAUAAAAUCAUUGAAAACUUGU